UCUCCACCAUUCUCCAACCCCAAAUCAAAUUUGAAGUAAAAUCAAAUCAAACAUGGCAGCACUGAAGAACGUUUUUCUCAGCCUCUCCAAGUCGUCGGAGCUCUCCCAAUCCCUCCCCCUCCGCCCCACCGUCUCCCGCGUCUGCUUCGCCGCCGCUUCCAGACACCAACAGGGUCGAAACAUGGCGGGCGAGGCCGGCCGCAAAGAGUACACCCCCUACAACGACGAGGAGCCGCGGGACGAGGUGAGGGAGACCAUGGACAAGGCCAAGGAAAAGACCCAAGAGAUGAAGGACAGAGCCAAGGAGAGCGCCAACGAGACCGCCGACUCUGUAAAAGAGAGGGCGCAGCAGAUGAACGACAAAACCAAGGAAAAUCUAGGAUCCAUGGCGGAUAAGGCCUACGAGAUGAGGGAGAAGACUGCCGACGCUGCAGGAAGCGUCGCCGACAAGACCAAGCGGCAGGCGCACGAGGCGACGGACAAGGUGAAGGGCGCUGCGGACAAGACGAAGGAGUACGCGCAGGGGGCCAAGGAGAAAGUGGCGGAUGCGGCCAAGGGCGCGUGGGGGGCGGCCAAGGAGACCACGCAGAAGAUCAAGGAGACGGUGGUGGGGAAGUCGGAUGAGGAUGACUUGGAUGAUUAUAUAGAGGAUCACGUGAAGAAGCCCGCCCGGGAGCACCGGGGUGAGAAGGUCAUGGAUGAGGAUGUGGUGGACGCGAGGCGGCGUCGCGCGGACGAACACGACCGUGGCAAGCUUUGAUUUUCUGGUUAGAGCGACUAUAAGCAUCGAAUAAUUUUAUGUAAACGAUCCAUGUAUGUUUCUUCUAUAGAUGCGGUCUAAGCGUUUCAAUUAAUACAGUAUACUUUUUGGGUUAA